AUGUCACACUCCAACAACACCAGCACCUUCUUCUUUCUAACGGGCCUCCCAGGCCUUGAGGCUGUGCAUGUCUGGCUCUCCAUCCCGUUGUGUGCCAUGUAUGUGGCCUCUCUGGCAGGAAACAGCCUGAUCCUGUGGGUAGUAAAGGUAGAGCCUUCCUUGCAUCAACCAAUGUACUAUUUUCUGUCCAUGUUGGCCAUGACUGACCUGGGCUUGUCAGCUUCCACAUUACCUACUAUGCUCACCAUUUACAUGCUGGGUCUCCGAGAAGUGGAGGUGGACACGUGCCUGGCCCAGCUCUUCUUCAUCCACACUUUCUCUAUCAUGGAGUCCUCUGUGCUGCUGACCAUGGCCUUUGACCGUUUUGUGGCCAUCAGUAAUCCUCUACGCUAUGGCACUAUCCUCACAAGUCCCCGCAUUGCAGCCCUGGGCCUGGCCAUCCUGGUACGCAGCAUCAGUCUCCACAUUCCAGCCCCCAUUAUGUUGAAGAAGCUUCCCUACUGCUGGAACCGCCUGCUCUCCCACUCCUACUGCCUGCACCCGGACGUCAUGAAGUUGGCCUGUGCUGACACCCACAUCAACAGUGCUUAUGGUCUCUUUGUAGUUCUCUCCACACUGGGUGUGGACUCUGUGCUCAUUGUUGUCUCUUACGUCCUGAUCCUCCAAACGGUGCUGAGCAUUGCCUCCAAGGCAGAGCGCCUCAAAGCUCUCAACACAUGUGUCUCUCACAUCUGUUCUGUGCUGCUCUUUUAUACACCUAUGAUUGGUCUGUCCAUGAUCCAUCGAUUUGGGAAACGGGCUUCUCCACGCAGUCGUGUGCUGCUCUCCUAUCUUCACUUUCUUACACCUCCAGUGCUCAAUCCUGUUGUUUACACCAUCAAGACUAAGCAGAUGCGACUGAGGAUGUUACGUCUAUUCAGGUUAGGUAGAGCUGCCAUCAGAGAUGCACAGGGUCAUUAA